AUGGUGUUUCCUAAAAGGUCCACACUUAGAAGGACGGUCAAAGAACGGUUUGAAGAGCUUCAAUUUAAUCUUAAGAAACGACUACAACAAUUUUCAUCUAAAAUGUCAUUUACCAUUGAUGGAUGGACGUCAAUUGCUGGUAGGAGUUACUACGGGGUCACUAUUCAUUAUAUAGACAACGAAUGGAAGUAUCGAUCUGUAGUCCUUGAUUUUAUACCAUCACGCGGUCGACAUACUGGGGAAGAUAUUGCAACGAUUUUCCACGAAUGCUUAUUGGAAUAUGACAUAAUUGAUAAAAUACAGGGUAUCACGGUCGACAACGCAACUGCAAAUACCAAAUUUAUGCAUGAAUUGGAGAAACAGCUGCCACAUUUUGAUUCAGACAAUCAACAUUUCCGGUGCUUUGCUCACAUUUUGAACCUUGGUGUACAAGAUUUAUUAAAGACCUUAGCAUUACGCAGUGAAACUGACAAUAAGGGACAAGAACAGCAGUAUGAAGACAAUGAAGACGAAACUGAGGAAGAUGAAGAAUAUGCGCCAAACAUUGUUGACUCACGUACAGUAUAA